CGAACGAGGAAUUAUGAAAGUAGCAAACCCUGACCUUGACUAUAAAGUGUUGGCCUUUAUGAUGUUUCUGAAAGCUUAAUCAGCAAAUAUUUUUGGCUAUAAUGCAAAGUAUAACGUGAGAAUUUUAUUUUGUCUACAGGUCAGAAUUGCUCUACGAAAUUUCUAUCAAAUGAUAGUUAAGAUACUUUAGAGCGACCCGUUAUUCAGAUUAACUUAUUUGUCCGUCAAUCCUGACUUUCCUGUUAUGAAUCGCCCAAGUAAAACAAAUGGUCAGGACAAAGUUCAGUCUAUUUCAAUCAGAAAUUUACCAGUGGAUGUAGAUAACAAAAUGCUGAGGAGUAUUAUACCUUCAGCUAAAAAAAUCAGUUCACACAAGCAAACAUUUUUUAUCACAUUUUCUACUGUGAACGGCUAUACAGAUGCAUUACGUCGUUUAAAAAGAGUUGACUUCAAUGGAGUUAAGCCAAUUGUAAAAUCUAUUUGUCAACCAUCACAAUCCAAAAAUGUAAUUCAGCCAGAAAAUGUUGAAUUAACUGUUCAAAACCUGCCUCAGUCGACCACACUAACUCAGCUUAAAAUAGAAUUUCCUACAGCAGUAUCUAUAAAAUUAAAAACCGAUAUAUGGGAUGUACAGAAAAAGUCAUGUUUGCUAAAAUUUCAAUGUUCAGAAGAUCUCGAAGAUGUAUUUGAAGAUUGUCAUUAUAAAUUAAUUGGAGGUCAGACUAUUAAAGCUAUAAUUGGUGUUCAAUCAACUCUUCAUUAUGAAUCCUCUGGCGCUGAUGAUACACAAGAUAUUCAUGGGGUCGAACUUGUUAGAGUACUAUCAAACAUUGACGAUGAUAAAAUUCGUAAACAAUUUCCUGAAAAUGCUAUAGUUGAUUAUUAUUCAAUACCUAAUAAUGAUUCAGUCACUAGAAAUGUGUUUAUUCGUUUCGUAAAACAAGGAUUCAAUUGGCCACUUAUUAUGAUGUUAAAAAACAAUGUAUUUAGUGGAUUUCCUUUUGAAUGUCGACCAUGGAAUGUGUGUACCAAAUGGGUCCGACAGAAAAUUGUGUCAGGCUUCAUGUUGUUUAUCAUUGAAACAAUUCGUUUUAACGAUAAUUGCAACUAUGCGGCUAAGUAAAUCAUGUUUUUAUGGUCUGGAGAAGUCGGUAUAAAUAAAUUUUGUUUUUCAUAUGGUCAGUAUAAUCACUGAUUGUAACAAAAAAUGUAACGAGAGUAAGCGCUAACAUCAAUAUACGAAAUAGUUUGAAAUGUGUAGAAAGAAUUUUAAUCAUUUUCAACUAAGGUGAACACUAUUCACUAAGCUGAUAGUAGAUCAUUCCGAGGGUACUGUCCAGUAAAGUACAAAAAUGAAAAGUGUCUACCACUGACAAACCGAAUUCGAUAUAACUACGUAAAAUGUCGGCUGAGUACAAGGCAUUACGCAAUCGCAAUCACUUAAGUAUAGAGGCUUUGUAAAUGGAAUAUAUAUCUUCCAGGAAAUCAUUUUUCAAAUUACUACUUUAACAACUUUUGAUCGGUCCAAUCGGAUUCUAAAUUUAAGUAGAACAAUCUCGCUAGAGUAAAGUGUAAUAAAGAGUGCUUAUGUACUAAAAUCUAAUGAAGAAAAGUGGGUCUUUUUUCGUUGUAUUGUGGCUAGGGUUCAACUAAAUAGUAAACAUAUUAUUUCAAAAACAGUAGAUAUAACUGUAGUUGAAUUAAUGCUAUUUAAUUUACUGCGAUGAAUGAGCUAUAGUAGACAACUAAUAGGGCCAGUAUGAAUGAACUACGACCAUAAUGUACACUGACUAACUGAGGAAUAGUCUCAAAGUAAGAAACCUAUACGUUAUGAAAGUAAUAUAUAAAGGGCAUCCUAUAUUUGCUUGAUUUACCUUCGAUAUAUCUUUUUUACUAGCUUGAUGGGACUUUAGAAGCUUGUUGUAAAGUUUCAUUCAUAUUGUCAAAUGAUAAGCAAAACUAGUUUCCGUGCAGUAGUUCUCACAGCUUCUUAAUCAAGUUAUAUCAGCAUAUUCCUCAAUAAUAUUAUCAUUAUCAACACAAACAAUUCUAAUUUUACACGAAAUACUGUUAGAGACAAUGUGAUAACAGUUCAUUUACAGAACAAAAAUGAUUAUCUUUUAAGCGCACAUAUUGAUACAGAUAAAAAUCAAAUUCAAU